UCGUCGCAGCUUUCCGUCCGGUAACGUUACACAGUGGAAACAUGUCGGGAAGGAGAGCACCCAGCGGAGGAACUGCGUACAUGAAAUGUACACCUGAGACAUAAAGUUGGCGUUAGUCAGUCCGGGCGGACAUUGGCGUUUUAGCCGAGUUAGCGACUGCCGGGGCCACGUUAGUAUUUUCCCAGCAGCGGGGCCAGUCGGGAGCGAAUGGCCGGAUAAAGACAGCCAGCCGGGGCUUGUUCAGAAGAAGUAGCCUCGCAGGCAGGCGGCCGGGCCGGUAGAGAGAGACAGAGGGGGGCUGUGUGUGCGCUCAGAACAAGACGGGGUUGCUGCUUGCAUGCUAGGGGAUGUUAUCCGUACUGUCUUAUGGCAGACUGGUAGCCAGGGCUGUCCUGGGCGGACUCUCUCAGACGGACAGUCGGGACUACAGCCUGAUCACCGCCAGCUAUGGCUUCGGUAAAGACUUUCGCAAGGGGAUCCUGAAGAAAGGGAUGUGCUACGGAGAUGAUGCAUGCUUCAUUGCGCGGAAUCGGAACGCCGAUGUUUUGGGUGUUGCAGACGGCGUUGGUGGUUGGCGUGACUACGGCGUCGACCCGUCUCAAUUCUCUGCAACAUUAAUGAGAACCUGUGAGCGACUGGUGAAGGAGGGACGCUUCACCCCCAGUAACCCAGUGGGUAUCCUGACCUCUGGCUACUAUGAGCUUCUACAGAACAAAGUUCCCCUGUUAGGGAGCAGCACAGCCUGUAUCGUGGUUCUGGAUCGGCGGAGUCAUCGGCUACACACGUGUAACCUUGGUGACUCAGGCUUCCUAGUCGUUCGGGGAGGGGAGGUGGUUCAUCGCUCAGAUGAGCAACAGCACUAUUUUAACACACCCUUCCAGCUGUCCAUCGCUCCCCCUGGAGCUGAAGGGGUGGUGCUCAGUGACAGCCCUGAAGCAGCUGACAACUCCUCUUUUGACGUGCAGCUUGGUGACAUCAUCCUGACGGCAACCGACGGCUUGUUUGACAACAUGCCAGACUACAUGAUUCUUCAGGAACUCAAGAAACUCAAGACUACCAACUAUGACAGCGUUCUGCAGACUGCACAGAGUAUUGCAAAGCAAGCGCACAACCUUGCCUACGACCCCAAUUAUAUGUCGCCUUUUGCACAGUUUGCCUGUGACAAUGGCCUGAAUGUAAGAGGAGGGAAACCAGAUGAUAUCACGGUGCUGCUGUCUAUUGUGGCUGAAUAUACAGACUAAAAGUGUGUCUGAGAGUGUGUGCGCUUCUCUGAGGCUGAUCCAACCUUCCUGUCUGCCUGAGUCUUCCACCUGCAGCCCUCCAAAAAAUGCACUGCAUCCCGUGGGUUUACAGAGGACGCCCACCAACACGACACACACUCCUUGCUGCGGGGCUGACAUUCACCCGUGUACAUUUUUGUUUUCUUCCUCUGUUUAUGUUGUGGUACUUCAGCGGUUGAGGGGAAGCAGGCAGCUAGGACAUUUUCAUGUUGAUCAUGAUGCAGGAGGAGUUGAGUACGACGGGCUGAGGGAUGCCUUUCAGUCUCCCGUCUCUGUGUGGCAUCAACACUUUUUAAGUGUUGUGAGUGAGAGUCAGUUCAGGAUGGUUUUGUUUGACUGAGAGCAUUAUAACCUGGUAGCCCUCCUGUAUAAAAAAAAUCAUAUUACAAGAGGAGCAAGCCAAGGUUUUGGAUCAUAGGGCUGAACCGAAUAGUGCAAAGCUUCAUUCGUAACAUAUAUAUUUAAAUUCUGAACCAACAUUCAAAUGCUCUGCAGCUUUUGGCAUGAAGUGAAAUCUCUGCUCAGACACGUCUCCAUCCAAAACUAUGGAGAGGCGUCAUAAAAAAAUCAUGUUAGACAUUCAAGGCUUCAUUCUUAGACUUCAGUAGAAGCUUGAAACUUAAAAAAAAGAUGACAUUCGGUACAGCCCUGCUUGGGAGACUAGUGAUAGAGUUUACUAUUGAACCCGGCUAGCUGUCUCUGUUUGUUCCAGAUGUGAAUCUGUUCCUUGUUGUAAAUGUGUUUGAGCAAUGCAUAUAGAUGGACUGAGGAAGCUGAUGAAAAAGGAUGGGUGUUAUGAGAGAAUGGUCUUAAGAGUUGGGUUUCAGUGUCUUGGGUUUGGGAAUGUGAACAAUGGAAGAGCUUACUAGCAAUCGCUCAGAUCAAAGAAAUAAAGGGAAACCGUAACACUCGUUAGAGCUUACAUGUGAAGGUUAAUCAGUUAUCGUCACUUGGCUGGGGAUCUGUCGGUGCGAACAUCCUGAUAAGUUGUAAAUAUUUUUGUGUUUUUAUGGCUUCAUUCUGGCCUAUUCUGUUGUCUUUGCUUUGGUUGGUAAAGCAAAGAACUAUUUCGUUACUAUUGUGGAUGAUGUACACAUGCAUUCAUAAAUAUAUUUUUCUUGUAUAGAUGUUAAUCUUGAAGUGAGCUUUAUCAAUCCCACACUUCCACUGGCUGAAAUGGAAAAAGAAGAUACUUGCUGAGAUUGAUCGCUGCAACAGUUGUGUGGUAGGAAUGAUGUUAAAAAGUGUGUGUGUGUGUGUGUGUGUGUGUGUGCGUGUGCGUGUGCGUGUGUGCGUAACGUGAGAAGUCGUUUAUGGAAUGUGUGUAUUUAAUGUUAAUAUUUGUUUCUCACAAAGCUAAAGCUAGCAUCUGGGAAUGCUUACAAUUGCAAUGAUAGGUCAGGCGUGAGUUUAAAGGAAAAGAUGUAUUUUUUUAACGUUAUUUAGUUUUAAAAAGUAAGAGUUUUGAAAUGUCUGCUGACAUGAAAUAUUUGUGAUGGAUGACAAAGAUCCGGCUAUCUUAACAAGAAUCAGGUGUGCAUGUGUGUGUGUGUGUGUGUGUGUCGAUGUGCGUGUGUCAAAUUUGUUUUUUCCAGUUCCUUAUUUCCCUUUUAUAUUUGUUUGCUGCUUCUCUUUUGUAAUUCAAAUGUCUGUAAAUGACUUGACAUGAUUUAUGGUCACCAUGAUUGUAAGGAGUGUGUGUAAAUGUUUCUGCUGCAUCAAAUGACAUUAAUCAAAGAUAAUACUGUUCUGCUCAUGAUAGUCUGUCCCUUUUUUGUCUAACAGCUCACCCAAGGGGUUUGGAAAUUGUCUUUACAGUUGCACCAAAGACGCAUUUUCUUUGUGUAUGUCAUAUACAACGCUUUGUUGUUACAAACAUCAUACAGCAAUACUGUACUCGUUUGUGAUGGCCAGAGGUGUGGGUGGAAAUAUUCAGAGGGACAUUUAAAUGUCUUUUCUUUGCCUGAACUUGUUUUACCAGAGCAAAAUCUGUAUCAUAUUCUUGGUUGAAGUUAUAUGUGACUGGUUGCAACAAAGUGUAAGACAGGUUUAUGAAACCAAAGAAGGAAAGCCAUAUUUAAAGACAUGAUAAGGGCAUUGCUCUGUAAGCCCUGCUGUAAAGAUACGAUUGUGUUUCUUCCUCAUACACAAUUAUUUGAAUAUUAUCUCUCCUACUGUCUGCACUGUUCUUUAAGCAUGGUUUCUGUCUCAGCUAUUGGCACCAUUUUACAAAGUUAACUUCACACAGUUGUCGUAUGUUCUUGUCUUGCUGGUUUAUAGAUUGUGUCAACAAAAAAAAAAAGGUUAUGAACUUGUAUUUACUUCAAAGAGCCCUAUAUUUGACAGAGAGAUAUAACCAAUAUGCAGGAGGAGGGGUGGUGAGAUAGGUAAUGGUGCUGUGAACUUACAGUAUGAGGGUGAGCACAGUUUCAGCCUUAACAAAUAGCUAGACCUGUAAUCAAGAGGCCUUUCCUGUCAUUGCAAGCUUGUCUCGUCCCGGUCAUGUUGCCCAGUGUUUGUAAAUGUAAAAGAAAGUCUGCCCCCGUCUUUCUCUCCUGUGAAGUUGUUCUCAAAGGUGCUUCUGCAGUCCGUAAGGUACGAUUUUCCUCUUUUCAGCAAGCGAUGUUUGUGUGAAUGAAAGAUACACCUAUGUCUACAGUGUAACAAUGCAGGUCUAAUUUAUGUAAAUAUGUUUUAAAAUAUGUACAAUAUUUAA